UCGCAAGACGUUCAUUUGUUAAGGUAUUUUUCCACUCGUUCCUGGUCUUUUCUCAACUAUCUUUGAUUUUUCCUAUGUUGUUCUUAUAUGUGUUGUGAUCGUUUCGAAAAUGAAAGAUAUAUAUGUUCUUUAUCGAUCAGUUAGAUCGAAUCCUCUGUUAACAAUAUAUUUCAUAUCAUUUUUAUUAUUUACUGACUUUUUUCUAUUAAAUAUGUUUGUUGGUGUUGUUGUUGAAAAUUUUCGUAAAUGUUGUACAAGCCAAGCAAGAACGUGAAUAUAAAGCACGACAUACAGCUAAAAGAGAAAAGAAAAUUGAACAUAGACGCCGUAGUAAUUCGUCAUUUAUCAUAUCAUGCACAUUUUUCACCAUUGAGAAGACGUUUACAUGAUUUAUGUAAUAGGAAAUAUUUUAUUUAAUUAUUUCUACUGUUAUUAAUCUUAGUAUUGCUAUAAUGUCAUUAGAAUUUUAUUUAAUGUCACCAGUUUGUGAUUUAGCUCUUGGUUAUUGUAAUUAUGUAUUUACAACUGUAUUUAUACUUGAAUCAAUAUAG